CACAAACAUCUUAGCACCUGCCACCCGGAGUUACUUCAUGUAAAACAGGUUAAAUAUGCCCCUUUACCGAAAUGCAACAUGUCUUCUCCUGUUAUCCUUUGUGUGCUUGUCAUGGAGAAUGUGUCACGGAGGGAAGAUUUUGAUCGUUCCUUUGGAAGGCAGCCACUGGGUUAACAUGGACAUCAUGAUCGAAGCUCUCCACUCUCGAGGACACUCUGUCGAUGUGGUGCGGACCAAUAAAAGCUGGUACAUCCAGGAUGACUCAUCGCACUUCAACACAAUCACCGUUCCUGUCACUGAGGCCUUUAAUAAUGACUUCAUCAACGAGAUCCUGAAGAAGAUCUUUGCCAUAGAAAGAGAAGGGAGCUCAGUUUUGAGCUUUGCAAGUUUGCAGGCGGAGAUGUUUGCUGCGAUGUUUAACAUGCACAGAAUAAUGUGCAAAAUGGCUACUGGCAUGUUUAAAGAUAAGGACUUAAUGAAUAGUUUGAAGGAGAGUAAGUAUGACUUGGUGCUUACUGACCCGGCGUGGGGUGCUGGUAUAUUGUUGGCUCACGCUCUUAAGCUGCCUCUGGUUUAUAAUGUGCGGUGGAUAACUAGUGGAGAAGGACAUAGGGCCAUUGCACCGUCUCCCUUAUCUUAUGUCCCAUUGACCGGCUCAGGACUGUCAGACAAAAUGACCUUCAUUCAAAGAGUCAAGAACUUCCUUUUCUCUCUCAUUUGGCAAGCUCAGGAUGCAUUUUUUAUCCGCCCUCAGUAUCAAGCUGUUUGUGAUAAGUUCUUCGACCCAGAAGUCCGAUAUAAUGACUUAUUACAGGGAGCAGACCUGUGGCUGAUGAGAGUGGACUUUGUGUUUGAGUUCCCUCGUCCCACCAUGCCUAAUGUUGUCUAUAUUGGAGGGUUCCAGUGCAAAACCAGCAAAAAACCUCUCCCUGAGCACCUGGAGGAGUUUGUGCAGAGUUCUGGAGAGCAUGGGGUCAUCAUCAUGUCUCUGGGGACCUUUGUAAGUGAACUUCCUGCUGAUAUGACUGACAAAAUUGCUGCAACUUUUGCGAAAUUACCCCAGAAAGUCAUCUGGAGACAUAAAGGUGAGAGACCAGCCACUCUGGGCAACAACACUCUGCUAGUAGACUGGAUGCCUCAGAAUGACCUUUUAGGACAUCCCAAGAUAAAACUGUUUGUGGCUCACGGAGGAACCAAUGGAGUCCAAGAGGCUAUUUAUCACAGUGUCCCAGUUGUUGGUAUGCCCCUGUUUUUUGACCAAUUUGACAACCUGCUGCGUCUAAAGGAGAGAGGCGCGGCUAAACUUCUUACCAUUCAAACCGUGGACAAAGACAACAACUUGCAGGAUGCCAUCCAGGAAGUCCUGAAUGAGCCCUCCUACAGGUUGAACAUGCAGGGACUCUCCAGGCUGCACAGAGAUCAGCCCUUUUUCUCGGUCGUCACACACCGUAAACGACGAUUUUAUAAGUUUCUAAAUGAAUAA